AAAAUCUCUCCGAGAGAGCUAGGGACGCCGAAGGGAGUGCUGAGUGAGGCGCGACCCCACCUUACAACCUGGGAACGGGAGACAAGGAGCGGUCGGCCGUGCGGGGCUGAGCCCGCAUCGUGCCUCCUCGGCCGUGAGCCAUCCGGUGCCACGCACAUCGAACCAGCACAGAAGUGGGUGAGUGCUGCAGCUGUGACCUGCACAAAACUGCCCUGUCCCAACCCUGGUGGCCGCCGCCAUGGCCUGGCUAGUGCUGCUGGGCGCACUGCUGUGCAUGCUGCGCGUCGGAUUAGGUACCCCGGACUCCGAGAGCUUUCUGCCCCCUGCGCCCCACAACUGCCCCUACAAAUGCGUCUGUGCUGCCGACCUGCUGAGCUGUGCAGGCCUUGGGUUGCAGGACGUGCCGGCCGUGUUACCUGCCGCUGCUGCGGACCUCGACCUGAGCCACAACGCACUCCAGAGCCUGCGCCCCGGCUGGUUGGCACCCCUCUCCCGGCUGCGCAACCUGCGCCUAGGCCACAACGAGCUGGCUGCAUUGGGUCACGGCGUCUUCACCAAUGCCAGCGGCUUGAGGCUGCUUGAUCUGUCAUCUAAUGCAUUGCGGGCGCUUGGCCGCCAUGACCUCGACGGACUGGGGGCGCUGGAGACACUGCUUCUGUUCAAUAACCGCUUGGCGCACUUGGACGAGCAUGCCUUCCACGGCGUGAGCACGCUCAGUUGCCUCUAUCUGGGCUACAACGAACUCGCCUCCUUCUCUUUCGACCACCUGCACGGUCUGGGCGUGACCCAUCUGCAUACUCUGGACCUCUCCUUCAACCGGCUGGGACGCAUCUCCGUACCUCAACUGGCCGCACUACCGGCCUUCCUCAAGAAUGGCCUCUACUUGCACAACAACCCAUUGCCCUGCGACUGCCGCCUCUAUCACCUGCUGCAGCGCUGGCACCAGCGGGGCUUAAGCGCUGUGCGCGACUUUGCACGCGAGUACAUGUGCCUGGCCUUCAAGGUGUCCGCGUCCCGCGUGCGCUUUUUCGAGCACAGCCGAGUCUUCGAGAACUGCUCGGCUGCCCCAGCUCGUGGCCUAGAGCGGCCCGAGGAGCAGCUGCACUUGCAGGUGGGGCGGUCCCUGAGGCUACACUGCAACACCAGCGUCCCAGCAGUGCAUACUGUCUGGGUUUCGCCGCAGCAUGAGCUUAUCGUGGCGCCGGGAUCCCGCGACGGCAGCAUCGUGGUGCUGGCCGACGGUAGCUUGGCCAUAGACAACGUGCAGGAACGGCAUGCCGGCGUUUUCGUGUGCUUGGCAACCGGGCCCCGCCUGCACCACAACCAGACGCACGAGUACAACGUGAGCGUGCACUUUCCGCGCCAGGAGCCCGAGGCUUUCAACACAGGCUUCACCACAUUGCUGGGUUGUGCUGUGGGCCUGGUGCUCGUCCUGCUCUACCUGUUUGCACCGCCCUGCCGCGGCUGCUGCCGCUGCUGCUGCCGCUGCUGCCGCCGGCCCCGAGCACCCAGCCCGCUCCAGGAACUGAGCGCACAGUCCUCGGUGUUCAGUCCCACACCGCCAGACGCACUCAGCCGCAAGGCCAGUGUCCACAAGCACGUGGUCUUUCUGGAGCCGGGCAGGAGGGGCCUCAAUGGCCGCGUGCAGCUGGCAGUAGCUGAGGACUUCGACCUCUGCAACCGGGUGGGCCUACGACUCAAGGCUGGCUCAGAGUCUGCUAGCUCCACAAGCUCUGAGGGUCUCAUGAUGACCUAG